UCGGCAGGCAUCCGCUGGGCCGCCGUCGGCGGCAGGCUAGGGUCUUGGGGGUCCACACUCGGGCUCUCGGUACCGGCAGCGCACGAAGUAGCCCGGAGGCUGCGGUCCGGCGCGGUGGGUGCGCGUCCAGCCCCGAACCUGUCACCCACCACCUGAGUAGCUGUCCCCGGGAAUGGGGGCACGGCCCCUCACCCAGCUCCCAUGGAUUAGAAAUAAGAAUCAAGCUCCACAAUGACAACUUACUUAGAAUUCAUCCAACAAAAUGAAGAACGAGAUGGAGUCCGAUUUAGUUGGAAUGUUUGGCCGUCAAGUCGAUUGGAAGCUACAAGAAUGGUUGUUCCGGUUGCAGCCCUGUUUACGCCACUGAAAGAGAGACCUGAUUUACCACCUAUUCAAUAUGAACCUGUUCUUUGUAGUAGGACCACUUGCCGUGCAGUUUUGAAUCCUUUAUGCCAAGUGGAUUAUCGAGCAAAACUGUGGGCUUGCAACUUCUGCUAUCAAAGAAAUCAGUUUCCACCUACUUAUGCUGGUAUAUCUGAACUGAAUCAGCCUGCUGAACUUUUACCUCAGUUUUCUAGCAUUGAAUAUGUAGUUCUGCGUGGUCCUCAAAUGCCUUUGAUAUUCCUCUACGUGGUUGAUACUUGCAUGGAAGAUGAAGAUUUACAAGCUCUGAAAGAAUCCAUGCAGAUGUCAUUAAGUCUUUUACCACCUACAGCUUUGGUUGGACUAAUUACUUUUGGGAGAAUGGUUCAGGUUCAUGAACUUGGAUGUGAAGGCAUCUCAAAAAGCUAUGUCUUCAGAGGCACAAAAGAUCUGUCUGCCAAACAACUGCAGGAAAUGUUGGGGCUCUCUAAAGUGCCAGUAACUCAAGCAACACGUGGUGCUCAGGUGCAGCAGCCACCUCCUUCCAAUAGAUUCCUACAGCCAGUACAGAAAAUAGACAUGAAUCUUACAGAUCUUCUUGGAGAACUUCAGCGGGAUCCUUGGCCUGUGCCUCAGGGAAAGAGACCCUUGCGUUCCUCUGGAGUGGCCCUUUCCAUAGCUGUGGGACUGCUAGAGUGUACUUUUCCCAACACCGGCGCUCGCAUCAUGAUGUUCAUUGGCGGUCCUGCUACUCAGGGACCUGGAAUGGUGGUUGGAGAUGAGUUGAAGACACCCAUAAGAUCGUGGCAUGACAUUGAAAAAGACAAUGCUAAAUAUGUUAAAAAAGGAACUAAGCACUUUGAAGCACUGGCUAACCGAGCUGCUACAACUGGCCAUGUUAUUGACAUCUACGCAUGUGCGUUAGAUCAGACAGGGCUCCUGGAGAUGAAAUGCUGUCCCAACCUUACUGGCGGUUACAUGGUAAUGGGUGACUCUUUCAACACUUCCUUAUUCAAACAAACUUUUCAGAGAGUCUUUACCAAAGAUAUGCAUGGACAGUUUAAAAUGGGCUUUGGUGGCACAUUAGAAAUAAAGACAUCAAGGGAAAUAAAGAUUUCAGGAGCUAUUGGACCCUGUGUUUCGCUUAAUUCUAAAGGACCAUGUGUCUCUGAAAAUGAAAUAGGAACAGGUGGCACUUGCCAGUGGAAGAUAUGUGGACUCAGUCCCACUACAACAUUAGCCAUAUAUUUUGAAGUUGUCAAUCAGCAUAAUGCUCCAAUUCCUCAAGGGGGGCGUGGUGCCAUCCAAUUUGUGACACAGUAUCAGCAUUCAAGUGGGCAGAGACGCAUCCGAGUAACCACCAUUGCUAGAAACUGGGCUGAUGCUCAAACUCAGAUCCAGAACAUCGCUGCAUCUUUUGACCAGGAGGCAGCUGCCAUUCUUAUGGCCCGGCUCGCAAUAUACAGAGCAGAAACGGAAGAAGGGCCAGAUGUGCUUAGGUGGCUGGAUAGACAGCUCAUUCGACUGUGUCAGAAAUUUGGAGAAUAUCACAAAGAUGAUCCGGGUUCCUUCAGAUUUUCAGAAACAUUUUCCCUUUAUCCACAGUUUAUGUUUCACUUAAGAAGAUCUCCUUUCUUGCAAGUUUUUAACAAUAGUCCUGAUGAAAGUUCCUAUUAUCGUCACCAUUUUAUGCGUCAGGACCUGACGCAGUCUCUGAUCAUGAUUCAGCCUAUUUUGUAUGCAUAUUCCUUCAGUGGACCACCAGAGCCGGUUCUGCUUGAUAGCAGCAGCAUUCUUGCAGAUCGGAUUCUUCUCAUGGACACAUUCUUCCAGAUCUUGAUUUAUCAUGGGGAGACAAUAGCGCAGUGGCGUAAGUCAGGAUACCAGGACAUGCCGGAAUAUGAAAAUUUCCGCCACCUUCUGCAAGCGCCAAUUGAUGAUGCACAGGAAAUUCUUCAUUCUAGGUUUCCAAUGCCGAGAUACAUUGACACUGAGCAUGGGGGCAGCCAGGCCCGUUUCCUGCUUUCAAAAGUCAAUCCUUCACAGACUCAUAAUAAUAUGUAUGCCUGGGGGCAGGAAUCUGGAGCACCUAUUCUCACUGAUGAUGUUAGUCUACAAGUGUUCAUGGAUCAUCUGAAGAAACUUGCUGUGUCCAGUGCUGCGUGAAAAGCUAAACAUGUUCGGGACACUUUCAAUGAUGAAAUAAUAUUACAAUUAAAAUUGUUUUAAUUUUAUCUGUCGAAAACAACAGAUAUCUUGUUAGACUUUUUUUUUUCCAAUUAGUAUGAUUUGAGACAACAUAUGGAAAAAUGUUCACAUUUGUAGAUGAAGCUUAUAUAACAAGAGUAGUAAGAAUAAAUUUAUUUUGCUUACCACAGUAUUAUAUCUGGUUUUGGAAAUCUGAGGUCUUUAUAAUUCACUUAUAUUUAAAAGUGUACAUGGAGUCUGCCUUGUACAGCAUAUAGGACUUAUUUGUAUAUUGCAGACAAAUCUAAAAUGGCACUGAAUGUCAUUGUUGACAAUUAAAAUUUUUUUUUCUUUUAGCCAUAAAG